CAAACAAAACGUAGAUAAGAAACGAGGAAAACUCGUAAAAAAAAAGAGUGGAAACGCAAGUAACAAGCGAGUAACAAACGAGCGUGUCGAUGGAACUGAUCGCCAAGUAUUGCGCUGUCGCGCUGUUGGUAUUCGCGAAUGGGAUCCUCUCGAAUCCCGUUUUGAAGAAGGAUGACGAUUUCACCAUCAGGAUCGUUCACACGAACGACAUGCAUGCGAGAUUCGAGGAAACGUCGAAAUUGUCGACCGCGUGUACACCGAAAGACUCCAAAGAGGGAAAGUGUUACGGAGGCUUCGCCAGAAUCGCGACCUUGGUACGCCAAGCGAGGUCGCAAAGGCCGACGAUCUUCUUGAACGCCGGCGACACUUAUCAGGGAACUGCAUGGUACAACGUUUACAAAUGGGUGGCGCCGGCGGUGUUUCUAAAUCUCUUGAAACCAGACGCUAUCAGUUUGGGCAACCACGAGUUCGACGACGGUGUCGAGGGUUUGAUACCGUUCAUACAAAACGUUACAUUUCCCAUCGUAACGUCGAAUCUGGAUCUCAGUAAACAGCUGAAUCUGCGAGCUACGAAGCUAAAGAAUAGCACAGUCCUCACUGUGGGCGACCGGAAGAUCGGUGUUAUCGGUUACCUGACACCUGAAACGAAGAUCCUGUCGACCAGCGAGAACGUAAUCUUUAAAGACGAGGUAGAAUCCAUCCGGGAAGAGGUUAAAAAGCUCAAGGAUCAGGGUGUCGACAUUCUCAUCGCUCUAGGUCAUUCCGGCUACGAGACCGACAAGAGGAUCGCCAAGGAAGUCGAGGACAUCGAUCUGGUGAUUGGCGGUCACACGAACACCUUCUUGUAUAAGGGUGACCCACCGGAUUCUGAGGUACCGGAAGGUUAUUAUCCUACGGAGGUGAAACAGAAAAGUGGUAGGACGGUCUAUGUCGUUCAAGCGUACGCCUAUACCAAAUACUUGGGUAAUUUCUCUGUGAGCUUCGACGCUAGCGGAGAGGUGACGCACAUCGAGGGAAACCCGAUCCUGGUGGAUUCCAGCGUGGAGCAGGCGAGAGAUGUCCAGGCGAAAAUAGCCGAGAUGAGAAAGCCCAUCGACGAUUUGAUGACCAAAGAGAUCGGGAAAACACGAGUGCUCCUCGACGGAGAUAGCAAGAACUGCAGGCGAAAAGAAUGCAACUUGGGAAAUCUGAUCUGCGACGCUCUACUCGAUUAUUACGCCAGUGAAUAUUUGUCUAAGAAGGGAUGGACGGAUGCUGCCAUUGCAGUUCAGAACAGUGGCAGUAUUAGAACGUCCAUCGCCAGAGUGAAAGAUGAUACGGUCACUAGAGGUGACAUCAUAAGCGUCUUGCCUUUCGGCAACGUGAUCCAAGUGGUUUCCAUGACGAGAAAGCAGAUCCUUUCGAUGCUCGAGUGGAGUGUCUACAACCUCGAAAACCGGACAUCCACCGGCAACUUAUAUGGCGCUUACCUGCAAUACGGAGGACUGCAGGUGACCUACGACAUGACUCAGCCAAAGAACUCGAGGGUGGUUUCCGUUCAAGUUCAAUGCGCCGAUUGCCAGAUACCGACGUACAGUGAUCUUCAGGAGAAUGCCACCUACAAGGUCCUCGUGAACGAUUUCAUGGCGAACGGCGGAGAUGGUUUCCAUAUGCUCGAGGGCCUCAAGUCAACUUCCCUCGGCGUCACCACGGCGGACGUGGUGGAACAGUACUUCGAGAAACGCAGCCCGGUACACACAGGCGUCGAGUGGCGAAUUUCAUACACAGACUCUUCAACAGACUCUUCAAAUUUCGUGUACGCACAAGAGAUGUUCCCUAAGCAGAAAGGAAAUCACGGGACGACUGUCCAACCGAUUGGCGUGACGAUUCUCUUGUCGAUCAUUUCGUGGCUGUUAGCGAGAUAACGGGGCUAGAACGUUAUCAGCUGCGACGACUAAAAGUAACCCAGUGUGGCAUUGUUCGUAUUUCCCUAUGGACAGUAAUGCCUCCUACGAUCCGACUACCUCAAUAUUAUCUGCGAGUUAACAUAGUUUUGUAUAUCCUCCUUGCAUCAAUAUUCACUAGUGUGCGCGGAAACGUGUAGGCACGCAGGAAUAAUCACAUAACGAAAAAGCGACAAACUUACGUGAUAAGCUUAAUAAACGCAAUAUUUUCCAACGCAGUCUUAGUUUCUCGAAAAAUAUGUUAUAUAUUUAACAAAUGUACAAUGUCAUCUCAAAACAUUUGUGAUAUAUAUAUUAUUUCGUAAUAAUACUUUGUCAAAAACUUUCUCCCACACUUUCCCUCACACAAUGAGGCAAACUAGUUUCCUCUCCGUGUGUUAACUAAUAAUAUUAGAAACAAAGAAAAAAAAA